AGCGUCUGACAGGAAGGCGAACGGAAGUGAGACUUUAGCAUAGCGCCAAUUUUACCCCGCUUGUAUGUUAAGUUUGGUACGUCCGUGUAGCGGCUAAAAUCGUCUGGCGCACAGUUAAAUACAAAAUCGCGAGUCUUCGUAUUAGUUGUGAGCGACUGCUUGCAGAUAUGGACGGCGAUCUGGAAGAUGGAGAGAUUUCCGGGUCUGGUUCAGACUCUGAAAUGAAAAUGGCCCGACCCAUGCAACAUGCAGCUUUUAGCGGCCAAUCCUUCCAAAACAGAGCUAACACUUUGCAACCUGCAGCCGCUUAUAGAAACUCCGGCAGGCCGGCGGAGUCCAGUGACAGCGACCAGGACUCGUCUGAUGAGGAAUGUGCAGCCUGGCGUCGCAAACGUCAAAAAGUAUCCAACAGUCGCCAACCAGCCGCAAUCAUUGCCCGCCCGGCACCGAACGGCGCUGCAGGCGCAUUGCGGGGCCGCAAGGUGAACAACAUUUGGGGCUCUGUGGUGCAAGAACAGUGCCAGGACGCGAUCGCUGCAGAACUGUGUGUCUUUGGCAUGGAGGGUGAGAUUAGCAUGGCUGACAGAAAUGUGGAGACCUACAACUAUGUCCUGGCUCAUAAAAUCAUGGAGAAGGAGAGGCAGAUGGAGAAAGAGCAAAAGGGUGACGGGGAGGUGAAAAUGCUCGAUGACCAGUUGGAUGAGUACAUGAGGGAUCAAGGGUCAGAGGAGAGAGCAGGGGGUGACGCCAAGAGAAAAAGGGCAGUCAAGGAGAGACUGGGUCCUUUAGCCGAGAUGGACGUUAAAGGCCGAUGUGAGAUCACCGAAGAUGACCCUGAGGAUAAAGUCGUGGAUGAGAUCGCGUACAGGCUCCAAGAGCCCAAAAAAGACCUGAUAGAACGUGUCGUGAGAAUUGUCGGGGCCAAAAAAGCCAUAGAACUUCUCGGCGAGACGGCCACACUGGAGGAAAACGGCGGCGUCUACACCAUGGACGGCAGCCGGCGCCGCACACCGGGCGGGGUGUACCUCAACCUUUUGAAGAACACGCCCAGCGUCUCCCGGGCCCAGAUAAGAGAGAUCUUCUUUGAUGAGAGUCAAAAAGAUCAGAAGAGCAAGAAGGCGGCUCAGAAGAGGAGGCGCCACCUGGUGGCGAAGAAAAUGAAGCAGGCCAUCGGCACGCUCAACCUGCACGAGCACGACGACGUAUCCAGAGAGACUUUUGCCAGCGACACAAACGAGGCCUUGGAGUCACUCGAAGAGGCCGCAAAGGAAGAGGAGGGCCAGGAGGAAGAGCACGCCGUGGGUACGGAGGAGACGCCGGUCGUGUACAGCUCAGGGGACUUGGAGGUCUUCUGAUGUCAUCAAUUACCCAAAGCAGCGGUCGGUCCCGUCAGAAACUUAAUUUCAUUUCCGGCAGUCAGGUCUUUCCUGUGUUGAUUUUAUUCCCAUGUUACUUUAUGCCACAUUCCAAAAACACAUGUUGGCUUCAAAUCACUACACAGUACAAUUCAUCUUGACUGAAUAUAUAAAUGAAAGUUAGCAACAUCUACACACUAAAACUGUAGGAAGCCCCACACAAGAUUUUGUUUGUCUUUAAGACUUGAUAUGUUUGAUGAAUUCAUUUGUGACUUGUCUGGAAUAAAGAUAUCUUGGAUUAAAUUGUUCCCAAAAUAAAAGUAGGAAAAAACAA